AUGGCGCAACCCUCACCGACACCAACAGACCACGUCCACGACGAGAGCGCCUCCUUCAACAUCUACUCCCAAGCGCUCACCCGCCGACCCCUCCCCUCCGACCCGGCCGUGCGCGCCGACAUCGAGCACGUCCUCGAGCACGGCUACGUGAUCAUCCCGGACUGUUUUAGCAAGGAGGAGGCGCGAGAGGCGCGCGACGAGAUCACGCGCUUGCUCAGCAAGGACUUGGACUCGUCGGACUCGUCGCCUUCGUCGCCGCUGGUCGGGCGCAACGCCUUCGAGGGCCUCAAGACGAAUCGCAUCUACUCGCUGCUCAACAAGGCCAGAGUGUUUGACAAGUUUGUCAUCCUUCCGCGUGUUUUGGCGUUGAAUGAUUUUUUUCUUGAUCAGGGGUAUCUGCUGUCGGCAUUCCAUACCAUCUCGAUCAAUCCCGGCGAAAAGGCUCAGGCGCUGCAUCACGAUGACGGGUACAUCCAAUUUCCCCGGCCAAGGUUGCCGUUUGGAGCCGCAAUCAUGGUAGCCUUUGACGAGUACACGGCUGAGAAUGGUGCCACACGAAUCAUCCCCGGGUCGCACAAAUGGGGCAGUUCACGACGAGGCACGCCCGAAGAGACCAUUCCGGCGCUCUGCCCCGAAGGCGGAGUGGUCUAUUUCAUCAGUACCUUGUGGCACGGUGGUGGAGCCAACGUGUCGGACAAGCCUCGCCAGAGCGCCACAGUGCAGUACUGCCAGCCUUACAUUCGGCCCAUCGAGAAUCAAAUUCUGGCCGUGGAUCCGAGAAAGCUGGACGGAAUCCCGCCCCGGAUCGUGGAGAUGAUGGGGUAUAAACACAUGCAGCCCUUUAUGGGUUAUGCGGAUGGACUGGGGCCUCGGAGGGCCGCGAGACGCAUGGUCAAGUGGCUGCAGGAGGAAGUGGACCAAGAUCCCCCGACUUUUGCGCACGGGUUCAGAGAAGACUCAAAGCUGUAG